CCAACGCUGAACAUUGAAAUUGAAAUUGAAUUUCCAUGUUCCUUCCUGGUCAUUUUUUUGUCUGCGUUUGGUCAGGUUCGUCAGGUUUGGUUUUUGUUGGUCUCUGUCAGGCAUCUUAUCCUGGACAGUGGUGGGCACCGUUAAUUAUUUUAACCGCUCUGACAUUUAAAGAAAAUAUUUGCAACGGUAGUAGAGUGUGGAAAUCUAUUUUUUUCCCCUUUUAAAGAUUACGGCAGCAGAGAGAACAUUUUUUCCCCUCACCUGUUACUCUCGAAGAUUAGAGAAAGAAUAUAUAAAUUUUAUAGGACGGUUCGUGACUAGAUAUUCUUUUCAUACAUAGUUGAAUUAACGUAAAUGAAUUACAUAUAGUUUUCAGAAAAUCUUCGAUAUUAUUUAGGUCGACGAGUAGAAUAGUUUUAACAUUAAUAAAGAUUUCUCAAUUUUGAAAGCGCGAAAGUUUUUUAUUAUUAUUUUUGACCAAAAAGAAAGUUGAAAAUAAUGCCUGCAUCUAAUUCAAUCAACAUUGCAGUUAUUUGUUCAAGUAAUAUGAACAGAAGUAUGGAAGCGCAUGCUUUUCUCAGUAAAAAAGGUUUCAACGUUCAAUCUUUUGGAACUGGAGAUAAAGUCAAACUUCCAGGGAAUGCUCCGGAUCGUCCAAAUGUUUACGAUUUUGGAACUUCUUACGAAGAAAUUUACAAUGACUUACUCACGAAAGACAAGCAAUAUUAUACACAAAAUGGUCUGCUGCACAUGCUAGAUAGAAAUCGUCGGAUAAAACCAAGACCAGAGAGGUUUCAAGCUUCCAAAGAUAAAUUCGAUAUUCUUAUAACCUGCGAGGAAAGAGUUUACGAUCAAGUUAUUGAGUGCAUGGAAUCAAGAACGCCCGAAGAUAAUCAACCAGUUCACUUGAUUAAUAUUGAUAUUCAGGAUAAUCAUGAGGAAGCCACCGUGGGAUCUUUUCUCAUCUGUGAACUCGUUACUGUGUUGGCGAGCAGUGACGACUUGGACAAUGAUAUAGAUGAAUUUCUUCAUGAAUUCGAAUCGAAAUUCGCGCGAAAAAUAUUGCACACCGUACUUUUUUAUUAAAAAUUUAGUCUUGAAAUUGAA